AUGAUGGCAAUAGAAAUGGGACUGCAAACACUACUAGCUGGACAGAAGCUUAAUUUAUUAGAAACGUGUAAGAAACUACGAGACCAGAGAAUGCAUGGUGUUCAAGUGGAAGUGCAGUAUGUGUAUGUGGCAGCAGCGUUAUGCGAGUACGGUAAAGCAAUGGGUUACUGGAACGAUCCUGAACUUAUCGAUCAGUACCAGAAAUUUAAGACAACGUUCGAUGAGCAUGUUGCACGGCUACCACCGCCUGAUGCAGCAGUUCCCCAACAAGCCGUUCUUCUAGCUCGUGCAGCCAUACAAAACCAACAAGUUCCAGAGAAUCAACCACUGUUACAGGGACAGCCUCAGUUACCACUGAUGGUGAUUUCGCCAGCUCAAGAAGUGGCGGCACCAGCACCGCCUCUUGACACACAACUAGCUAAUAAGGAAGGAAUAAGAGUCGAAUCCGUAGAAAAUAGGGUACCUCCACCAUUGUUGUCUGCUGGCCCGACGCCAGCGCUACAACCUUCACGUGAACCACCACGAUUACUGCAAGCGGUCCCUGGACCGACCAAAGUGCUGCAGUCGAUUCCCGAACAGACCCGAAAAACGCAGCAUGUCUCUGGACCACCACGAUUACAAUCAGAUUGCGAACCUCCACUAAUGAUGAGACCGGGUUCAAUUUCACAGGACGGCAAUUCUAUCUCACCAGCCGCUGCGGAACAAUGCGCAGCACACCUAUGUGCAGCAACAUGUAGGCCUAGUGCCUGUUCUUCAUUGCGGAAAUGCAAGAGUAAGAAAAGCAUCGAUGCUGCUAUGGUGAACAUGAUUCCAAGCAAUGAUGCUGUCCGUGACCGUCAGGCCCAAUGUGGGCGUCAACCAGUACCACAUUCCGUCUAUAUAAAUUUGAAAUAG